AUGAAUACUUAAUGAAAUGACUAGUAUCAUCGAACGAGAUUCCGCAUCAGCCAUCCUUUUCUCUUGGACUACACUUCCUUGGUAAUUAUAGUGACCAGAUGACUUCCCUCGACAUCGAUGAAGUUCGCGCUUGCUUCCCAUCCUUGAAAUCAGGGUACAUCUACGCCGAUAAUGCGGGAGGAUCACAGACUACUCAAGGAGUGAUCGAUCGGAUUGUAGAUUAUCUGACCAACACUAACGUACAGUUGGGAGCUGACUAUCUCGUCGGCGCGCUGAGUAGCAAGCGCGUGGAUGAGGGCCCUUUCACUGCUGCAGAGUUGUUCAAUGCUGCUUCCAUCGACGAGGUCGGGUUUGGACCGAGUUCGACGAUGAUUUUGGAGAACAUCGCUAGAGCGCUCGAAAACGAUAUCCAACCCGGAGAUGAAUUUAUCAUCACCUAUGAACAUGAAGCAAACAACGGUCCUUGGAAGCGUCUGGCCGAGCGGCGCAACGCCGUGGUCAAAUACUGGGAACCUACGCCAGUAUCUGCUCAAAACCCUUACUCAGUCGCAUACAAAGUUGAAGAACUCCUGCCGCUGGUUUCUUCACGAACCAGGCUGGUAGCCAUCACCGCAUGUUCCAAUAUUUUGGGAUCGUUGGUUCCUGUGGAAGAAGCAGUCAAGGCACUUCGCCAGCGUGCAAAAGAACAGGGCGCAACAAAGGUCGAAGUGUCUGUAGAUUGUGUUUCAUACGCACCACAUAGAAAAAUGGACGUACGACAGUGGGAUGUCGAUUACUGCGUGUUUUCUGUAUACAAGAUGUACGGGAUUCACAAUGCUGCCGUCUACGUGCGGUCGGCUGCUCUGAAGACAUCUCUUACGUCCAUCACACAUCAUUUCCUGAAGGUGGACGACAAGCCAUAUAAGUUGCAACCAGGUGGUCCAGGCUAUGAGCUGGUGUAUGGUGCAACGGCAAUCGUGCCAUAUCUAAAGUCGUUGACGCCAGAAGAUGAUCUUGUAGCAUCUUUCAACGCAAUCGCAAAUCACGAGCAAACCCUUCUGGCCCCUUUACUCCGCUUCUUGACGGACGCAAAACAAGUUGACAGAGGUGUUCGCAUUGUGGGGAGAAGCGAGAUCAAUCUCUCAAGAGUUCCCACCGUCAGCUUUGUUGUUGUCGGACAGAACGCGAUCAAGAGCAAGGAUAUCGUAGGAGUGUUUGACAAAAAAGGAGGGAUCGGAAUUCGAUACGGCCACUUUUACGCGUAUUCUCUCAUUGACAAUUUACGGCCAAAACUAGACGUGAAUGAUGGAGUCGUCCGCAUCUCACUUGUCCACUAUAACACGGUCGAGGAAGUGGAGAAGAUCUUGGACGUUUUGAGGGAAGUUUUGGCUUGAGCGAUAAUGUAAAAUUAUGUCAAUAUAUAUGUAACUAUCUUGGAACGUUCUGGAUAUGUAUUUUUCUAGUACAGUGCAUCAAAGGUGCCCAUGUAAUAUGGAAGGGUUCCC